CUCGUCCGUGGUACAAUCGAGUACUCUUUGUAAGAGCGUAGUAUGUGGAUUGUCGAUGAUCCGAUAGGUGUUUUUUCGAUCCAGUUUUUUAAGAUAUUAUAAAAUUUUCAAAAUGAUAGAAUGUACAAAAGACACAGAAAAUGUUACUCUUAGUCCAACAACAUCAUUAAAAUUGAAAACUCGAGAGAACGUAAAUAAAAUCAGACAUGGAUCACCGAAGUUGCAGGAAGUUCUUCGAGAGAGAUGUCGACAAAGAAUGCGAGAGAAACGAGGACAGCUGUUUUGUAGGAGUAGAUUCGGUUUAGAAAUUAAUCCAAAAGACAUGGAGGAUACGUUAACGGAAAUUGUGCGAAAAGAAUUGAUUACAGUCGCACUUACAGAUGUAGAUCCAGCUGUGAAUCCCUUUUUUCAUGUUAUCAAUGAACCUCUUGAUCCAGAAGAAGCACUUGAACUUGAAAAUGAAAUACUGAAUGAAGAGAAACAUUGGAUUUUGGAAGAGUAUGAAAGAAUGACCCAAGAAGAACUUGAAUUUUUAGCAUUAACCGCAGAUGAAAAAAUCAAUGAUGUCCUUUGUCCCUUAUGUCAGAGGUCUAAUCUUAUAGAAGAAGGAAGACAAGUAGGUUGUAAGUCUUGUACCUUAAAAUUAAACAAUGUGAGCUUAAAAGACUUAGGUAAUUUAAUAAAUAAUUCUGUGAAUAGUCACUCUGCAAUGUGUACAGAGCGACCAGGGUUUAUACUGAUUGAAGACAAUAAUGUAUGUUUGUAUUUAUUUUGUGAUAAAUGCUCAGCUUUGAUACUACUGGCAUAAUUUGAAUAAUAUAGUUACUAAAAAAAGAUAUAAACACUAGUUGAGAUUAUAUUUUUGUAUAAGUGUUAUCCGAUAUAAAGUAUUACUAAUUUAUUAUAAAUGAAAGUAGAUUAAGACUAUGGACAUAUUAAUGUUCAUUCUUACUAAAUUAUAAAAAUAAAAAAUUUAGUUAAUAGCAAUGAUUUUUAAUGUCGAGCAACAUAGGAAAAUGAUUAAGGGUAAUGUAAAUUUUAAUUUCCAUUAUGAAAGUAAAUAUUUAAAUAACUACAUGAAGGUUUAUGUGGUUGUAUGAUACAUAUUGUACAAAAAGAAACAUCCCUUCAUUGGUUUAUUUAUAUUAUUCAUC